GUUCACUGCGGGGAGUUCUGGGGAAGCAACGUUGUAAGCUGCGGUGCCCCAAAUCCGACGGCUGGUAUUCUUCGGCUUUCGCAGUCGAGAACAACUCCGGUCGUCCGCCCUACCGAUCGAUCCUCCGCACUACCGACGCUCUCUUCCUCCGGCGAUCCGGCCAUGGCGAAGUUUAGUGCGUGUUUGGCCGUCCUGAUGGUGAUCGCGGUGGCCGUAACGGCGGUGGAGGCGUCGAAGUCGAAGCACAAGGCGUGCGACAAGGGGUGGGAGUGCAGUGGCAGCAUCUACUGCUGCAACGAGACUAUUAGCGAGUACUUCGUGGUGUACCAGUUCGAAAAUCUCUUCAGCAAGCGCAACGCCCCCGUCGCCCACGCCGUCGGCUUCUGGGACUACCAGUCCUUCAUCAUCGCCGCCUCCGUCUACGAGCCGCUCGGGUUCGGCACCGCCGGCGACAAGCAGACCAAAAUGAAGGAGGUCGCCGCCUUCCUAGGCCAUGUCGGCAGCAAAACCUCUUGUGGUUAUGGUGUUGCGACUGGUGGCCCAUUUGCAUGGGGAUUGUGCUAUAACCAUGAGAUGAGCCCAAGCCAAGACUACUGCGAUCCAAACUACCUUUAUCCCUGCACCGAAGGAGUUCAAUACUAUGGACGUGGUGCUCUGCCUGUGUACUGGAACUACAAUUAUGGGCUUAUUGGUGAAGCUUUGAAGGUAGAUCUGUUGAACCAUCCAGAAUACCUAGAGCAGAAUGCUACCCUGGCUUUCCAAGCUGCCAUCUGGAGGUGGAUGACACCAAUGAAGAAAAAGCAGCCUUCAGCUCAUGAUGUUUUCGUUGGAAACUGGAAGCCCACCAAGAAUGACACCUUGUCGAAAAGGUUGCCUGGCUUUGGGCUUACCAUGAAUAUUCUGUAUGGAGAUAUUAUUUGUGGCCAGGGAUAUAUUGAUCCCAUGAACAACAUAAUAUCUCACUAUCAAUAUUACCUGGAUCUCAUGGGAAUAGGGCGCCAAUUUUCUGGAGAUAAUCUGGAUUGUGCCGAACAAGUGGUUUUCAAUCCAUCUUACAAGCCUGCUACAUCCUAAGUGAGAAUGCCCCAAAACUAUAGUAGUGUUGAUGUUUCCAUUAUAAGACUAAUGUUUUAAGACGUGCUUUUGAAGUUCAUCAUGCUGAGUGAUGUUUUAGUCCUUAUGGUCAAAAACACUUGUAAUGGAUACAUUUUCUUUAUGUGGAAAUUAUGAUGUAUAUUUUGUGUUUCAAAA